CAACCUCAUGGUUCCUAGUUGGAUUCGUUUCUGCUGCACCACUACAGGAACUCCUAAUAACAUUUAUUUUAUAAAAUACCUUUUUACUAUGGUCCAGGGACUGUCGUAAUGGAUUUACAAACAUUUGCUUCAUUUUACUUUAUUUCAUUUCACAUACAAAUCAGCUUUAUGUAAUUACCAUUUUGUGUGCCCCUGUCUCCUUCUUGAUUACGAUUCCAGCAAAUAGAGGUUGAGCGUUAAAAACAUACACUAAACUACCAUCUUUCCUUUGUGGUGUCAAAGGGCUCGGAGUUAGAGGAGAGCCUCAGGAAAGAAUGGGCGCCAAGUACCAUAACUAGAGUAACUGAAGCCCUUUCCGCCCCUAACGUUUUGUGUUGCUGUGUCCGUCUAACUCCCAGAUGCUGGGAGCCACUCGACACAGAAAUCUCGCUGCGUUUUCCCUCCUCGCCCCCAUCAGCCUGGAUUUCUGGCUUCGAGCUUUGAAACUAGGUAGUCACCGAGUGCAGUAACCUCCGGAGCUGCUAGGGGGUGCUAGCACGCUCCUAGCAAGAAAGGGCUGCUCCACUUCCGCGAAGAGGCUCCCAACGCUGACGCACUUCCGGCCUUUGUGGUUUAUCGGCUGUACGUGCGCGGCAGUCCGCGCCGCGGAUCUGAAGCUUCCCUGGACCCUGAAGGUAUAUUCUCCUAUAGAAGAUUAAAUCAGGGGAUCUUAAAUCAGUUAUCCCUCCACCCAGGCUAGAGUGAGCCCUUCUAAGUUAAUCCCAGAAUGGCUUCAACUGGGGAACAGGAUGGACUUAAGAUUGUGAAGGUGGAAGAAGACCCUGUCUGGAACCAAGAAACCUACCUUCAAGAGAGCAGCUUUUCUGGCCAGGAGGCCUCCCGCCAACUUUUUAGACACUUUUGUUACCAAGAGACUCCUGGUCCCCGAGAAGCACUGAGCCGGCUCCGGGAACUCUGCCAUCAGUGGCUAAGGCCAGACACACAUACCAAGGAGCAGAUCCUGGAGCUACUGGUGCUGGAGCAGUUCCUGACCAUCCUGCCUGAGGAGCUCCAGGCCUGGGUGCGGGAGCAUCACCCAGAGAGUGGGGAGGAAGCAGUGGCUGCAGUUGAAGAUCUGGAGCGAGAGCUUAGUGAGCCAGAGAACCAGGCCCCAGAUUGUGAACAUGGACAUUCUGAAGUGCUCUCAGGGGAUGCAGUGCAUUUGAAGGCCAAGCAGGAAUCAGCAGCCACCCAGCUUCAGUCCAUGGUGACACAGCUUAAAUAUGAAUCUUUUGGGCCUCAAAAACUUGGAGAACAAGAUGGUGAAACUAUACUUGAAAACAAGGACUUAGUCUCGAAGCAAGAAGUCUUAAAAGAAAUGGGACAUUUUGAGAACAGCAGACUCCAAAGAGAUGUUCCUCUAGAUUCUAAGUACAGAGAAGCUUGUAAACGUGAGAACAGAGUAGAAAAUCAGAGGGGACACCCCAGUGGAGAGAGACGUCACAGAUGCAAUGAGUGUGGGAAAAGCUUUACUCAAAGUUCAGUUCUCAUUCAGCAUCAGAGAACCCAUACUGGGGAGAAGCCAUAUGAAUGUGAAGAAUGUGGAAAGACCUUCAGCCAGAGGUCAGGCCUGAUUGAACAUCAGCGAAGCCACACUGGAGAGAAACCCUAUCAAUGUAAGGAGUGUGGGAAAGCCUUCAGUGCCAGCAACGGCCUCAUUAGACACAGAAGGAUCCACACUGGAGAAAAACCAUAUGAAUGUGAAGAGUGUGGGAAGGCCUUUCGCCUGAGCUCAUACCUUGUUCAGCAUCAGAGGAUACACACUGGAGAGAAGCGCUAUCGCUGUAAUGAGUGUGGGAAAGCCUUCAGUCAGAAUGCAGGGCUUUUCCAGCAUCUCCGAAUCCACACCGGUGAGAAACCCUAUCAGUGUAGUCAGUGCAGUAAAAGCUUCAGUAGGCGAACACUCCUUAUCAAACAUCAGAGAAGCCACACUGGAGAGAGACCAUAUGAAUGUGAUGAGUGUGGGAAAGCCUUCAGUCAUCAUUGCAACCUCAUUAGGCAUUUUAGAAUCCAUACUGUUGGUAGUUCCCGUCAUGGCUCAGUGGUUAAUGAAUCCGACUAGGAACCAUGAGAUUUCAGGUUCGAUCCCUGGCCUUGCUCAGUGGGUUAAUGAUCUGGCAUUGCCCUGAGCUGUGGUAUAGGUUGCAGAGGCGGCCUGGAUCCCACGUUGCUGUGGCUGUGGUGUAGGCCAGUGGCUACAGCUCUGAUUUGACCCCAGCCUUGGAACCUUCAUAUGCCACGGGAGCAGCCCAAGAAAUGGCAAAAAGAGAAAAAAAUUCAUACUGUUACCAAACUGGACUAAUCUCAUGGACCACUAGAUCCCUUAAACGGGGACAUCUUGGGAAGUAAGAUUUUUCAAGUGGCUUAUUUUGUUCUUAUCAAAUUUAUUUUGCUUUGGAAUGCGUGGCUUUUCUGUAGAGCAGGUGCUGCUCUCUCCUGGGAGGAUGACUGUGGGUGUGGGCAGUUGCUAGGCAGCCUCUUUCUUCCCUAUGCUGCAGUUCACUUCUAAUGAUUUCCCUUAAAGGGACCAAAUCUUAACCUGGAAAUAAAUUGGUGUGGAGGGGCCAUUAUUGAGUAAUACAUAAUAUUGAACAACUCUAAAUAAUUAGCAUUUGUGCAUAUUUUUUAAGAUUGGGUAUGUUCAAAGGAUAUUCAGAGAUGAAUUUUUUUUUUUUCUAAAAAUGACAUUUUAAAUACAAUUAAAGUUUUGGGAAAUAAUUAUUCCCAUUCCCAUAGGAAAUCAUUGCCACAGUCUCCCUAGGAAUGUAGUGGAUGAUCUCUUUAGUGCUUCAUCAGAAUGGGUGACAAAACUCAAUUACUAAGCAACAUAUUACCCAUGAUGCAAAAUCUUAGAUAUGGUGGUUUAGAAGUCCAUAUCGUGGCAUUCCUAUCGUGGCUCAGUGGAAAUGAAUCUGAUUAGUAUCCAUGAGGACGCAGGUUCAAUCCCUGGCCUUGCUCAGUGGGCUAAGGAUCCAGCAUGGCUGUGAAUUGUGGUGUAGGUAGAAGAUGCGGCUCCGAUCAUUCAUUGCUGUGGCUGUGGCAUAGGCCAGCAGGUGCAGCUCUGAUUGGACCCCUAGCCUGGGAACUUCCAUAUGCCUUGGGUGCAGCCCUAAAAAGACAAUAAAUAAAUAAAUCCAUAUCGUGUUUUGAUAUUUAACUCCAAAUUCUUAGUUCCGGUCAUUGCCAUUUUUAAGGUUUCUAUUUUUGUUAUAAAUAGCAAAUAAGAUGAUAACUUUAAAACCUUUGCAAUGUGCCUGUUUUAUUCAUAGCCUUUUGUGCCACCACCUUUUGAAGGGUAGUCAGCAAGAUGGAAGGCCAUUACAAGCAGCAUCAUUGAGACUAUAAAAAAAGGAGCCUCUGACCUUGGGCAGCUUGCUGCUUAAUUGGAGAGACCAGCAUGUUCGGGCCAUUUAUUAUAAAGGUUAAACCCACAAGUCUGGCGCCACGCUCUCUAGGUUCAGUUCCUCACCUAUCCGUCUGUGAGCUCUGUGACUUUGGGCAACUUAAUUAAAUGUCCCUGUGCUACAGUCUCCCUGUCUUAAGAUAGGGGAUAGAGUACCUUUUCAUAAAGUAUGUAAGAUGAAAUUAUUACAGACUUAUAAACCACUGACAACUAACUCAAUAAAUGUGUACAAUGAUUUAUAUGAGAAAUAAUCUAAUGAAUGUAGGUGGAAUUACAAGUUUCGGGUUUGAACUAAAUAGAAUGUUCAAUGGCUCUGCCAACAGUCUCAUACUUUUCUCCACAGUCAAAAUCUGAAACUGUUUCAAAAGAAAUAAAAGUUCAACUUAAAAAA